UGCGCUGAACUAUUCCGGUCGAAUUUCGUUUCGUGACCUUCGCCCCUGACACAUUCAGCUGAUUCCGAUGGACAGUGUACUUUAAUGCGAAUAAAAUGUCUCGAAAACGCGUCAAAUUCAAACGGAAAAAGAAGGACAAAUCUAAAACAGUUCACACUAACGACGAUCAAGCAGCUAAGGAAGAAAUCAAGGUUCAGGACGAGCCGCAUAUGCUGGACUCAUCGAAGCGCGCGAACAAGAAAAAGAAGUCUGCCAAACAAGCGCACACCGCUUUUCUACCAGAGAAAUACCAACCGCUGGUUGAGGAUGAUAUUGUUGACCAGCCACGAGAUGACAAUAUCAAGAAAAAACAAGACAAAUAUAAAAAGUUAAGAAAAAAUAUCGGGACAGCUCUCCGUUACAGCUGGAAGUGUCUGGUGGUUGGACUGCAGAAUUUGAGCACAGCCUAUUCUAUGCCGCAGGGUGCCACUGCCACAAUAGUGCCAGACAUCCACAGAGCCAGAGCUCACGUCUAACAAGUUACUCAAGACGAGCCGGUUACAUCAGGGUAGUACAGUGAUCAAUGUUGGAUCUCUAUUUUUACUUCAGCCAAUACAGGAACUCUGAUUUGGAAGUGCAAUAGGUGUAUUUUUAUUUAUGUGCCACUGUUGUCAAGAGAGAAUGGCAUGGAGGAGACUACAUUUGUGAGAUAAUUUGCCUUUGACAAGAAAACGGCAAGUAGUAGAUGCUGUUAUGGACUAUGAUUAAUUAACACACAUAUUCUUCUGGUAAUGCACAACUAAUGAAAACAUAUACUGUAAAUGUAUAGGCUUAGGCCAAACAUGUGUACUGAGAAGUUCUUGAUUUUAUUCUUUGAUAUGAUGGGUGAAGUAAGUAGAAUAAUGUUACUGUGGAUGUUGAGCCAGUGGAGUGCCUAUAUUUAGUGUUCUCAAUGAGAAGACAGAUGUAGGAAAGAAGCAUGUUAUGAAAGUGCGUUAUCAGAAUCUGUACUGUUUCUGAAGAUUUAAUUCUUUCGAAUGUUGCAAGUAUAUUGUAUGUGCAUAAAUGUGAUUCAGAAGCACAGUUUGUACUAUUCUACACUUUUUUUGUAAUUAUACCUAUGAACACAUUUUUUUA